CCCAUUAAUUUUCUUGUCUAGUUUUUCUGUUUUAUGUCUUAAUUUCCUCUAUUCACAAAUUCUGGGCUUCAAUUUUCUACUCAAAUUCUUACCAUUGCUUUAAAAGAAUCACAAAAUAUAUCAGGUAAAGGCACGUUUUCCUGUUGAUUAGUAAAUUUUUUUCAACCAAAAUUUAUGCUAACUCAAUCUCCUGUACAAAUAGUACCACUGUAUUCCAUGUGCAUUAUAAGAGGAGAUGGAAAGAUUCAGAAACUGGAAAAGUUUCUUCUGGCAUUUAUAGGGAUAGCUAUCAAGAAAAGAAUAAAAAAAAAUCUUUCAAAUGUUAGGAGAGUUAUUGUUGCUAUAAAUACGAUUUAGUUCAAGUAACUCUUUUGGAUGGCAACUUGCUGUCUGAAAUUCUUCUUAGUUACCAAAGUUUUUAUUAAAUUUCAACCCUUUCUGCUUAAAGAUUGAUCUUGGCAUAGAGCAGAAAUUUUUUGGUACAAGACUUGUACAAAAGGUGCAGCUUAAAGGUCGAUUCACACACAUCAGUGACGUAUCAGUGCCGUGUCCGUUCAGUGUCAGUGAUACCGUGUUGUUUCCGUGACGUCUAUUCACACACAUCCGUGGUGCUGCCGUACACCGUGAAAUCAGUGUUUUCCAGGAUGGCAAAGUUUUCGGACGUGGAGUUGGCAAUGAUUGCCAUAAUUCUUGAUGAAGAGGAAGAGGCAGAACAAAAAGUGAAGAAAAGAAAGUGGGUACAUGAAGCGUGGCAGAAAAGAGAAACUGAAGGAGAGUUUGCGACUCUGUUCAAGGAAUUAACAGAUGAUGAAACCAAAUUUUUUCAGUACUUUAGAAUGUCCAAAAACUGCUUCUGGAUAUUGUUCAAUAAAAUGAAAACUCAACUGAAGAAACAAGACACCCACUGGAGAAAGGCCAUUAAACCAGAGGAACGAUUAGCAGUUUGUUUAAGGUACCUAGCUACAGGGGAUUCCUUAAGGACAAUUUCGUUCAGCUACCGCUUGGGGCAUAGCACAGUGUACAAAAUUGUUAUGGACACUUGCAGGAUAAUAACAGAAAAUCUCAUGAGCGAAGUACUACCAAAACCUUCAACAGAGAUGUGGAAAUCCAUUGCUAGUGACUUUUCAACACUUUGGAAUUUUCCUAACUGCUUGGGAGCUUUGGACGGGAAACAUUUUACCAUUCAGGCUCCCCCAAAUAGUGGUUCUUUGUACUUUAACUAUAAGAAGACAUUUUCAGUUGUUUUGUUGGCGCUUGUUGAUGCACAUUACAAUUUCAUCACAAUUGAUGUUGGUGCAUAUGGAAAGAGCAGUGAUGGUGGAAUUUUUGCAAAUUCUGGUCUAGGCAAAACACUACAGCAAGGCACAUUAUCAGUACCAGGGAAUGCUACAUUGCCAGGCACAAAUAGUACUAAGGCUCCGUAUGUAAUGGUUGGUGAUGAAGCAUUCCCUCUAAAAACUUAUUUGAUGCGACCAUAUCCUGGACAAGAUUUGGAUAAUUCUAAGCGUGUCUUUAAUUACAGACUGUCUCGUGCCAGAAGAGUUGUUGAAAAUACGUUUGGCAUUUUGUCUCAAAAAUUUAGAAUAUGUAACAGAAGAAUUCAAGCAAAACCAGAAAAUGUUGAUCACAUGAUACUUGCAAUCUGUGUUCUGCAUAAUUUCAUUAGAAAAUAUGAUGUAGAAACACGCCCGCAUGUGGUAAAUGCAACAGUGCCUAAAACAGCAGAAGCAAGACUUGAAAAUCUGCCUCUGCAGGGUGGAAAUGCAACAAGAGAUGCGUUAGCUGUAAGGGAGCUGUACAAAGAUUACUUUAAUUCAGAGGCUGGAUCUGUGCCAUGGUAGUUUUGAUGACUGCAUAUAAGAAGUCUAGGUACCUAGCAAAAGUAAACCUGCCAUGUAGUGUGACUACAAAAUUAAGAAUAUAUCAAAUACAUAAAUGAAAAAGAAAAAUGUGAUGUGAGGUGUUGUGGUGUGGUAUGAGGUGUGGUCUGCUGUGGUGUGGUGUGGUGUGGUGUGGUGUGAUGUGAGUUGUUGUAGUUUGAUAUGAGGUGAGAUGUGGUGGUGUGGUGUGAUGUGUUAGACUACUGUACACAAUAUUAAAAAGAGUACUUAC